UCAGGGCAUUCUGUACUUCUGACGGCACUAGGCUGCCGGUCGCCGGCCGACACGGACUUGAUGUAUUCGUAUCGUGCCAUUUCAAUAACCAUUGUAAACAAACUAUGUGACAGAAACCUCUCUGUUUAUUAAUUAAACUGAACGUUUGGACAAAUAUCUACAGUGAAAACUAUUUAACCGUUGUGAAAAUUUUAGGCAUUGUUGCUUUUUCGCAAAUCUAGACGGUCGGCCCCGUGGAAUUUAGUGGAGUUGCAGUAAUCAUGCCAGGUUAGAAGGCGUAUUUUGGUGUGCAGUGUUUAAGUGAAAGGAGCUUGGGUAUUGCGGUAUUGUUUAUGAUUCGGUGAGUAACUGUUACGAAGAUCGUUGAUCAUCUACCCGGUGUGACGUUGGACUCGGGUCGUGUGUGAACACAGAUACGUUGGACUUGGGCAUGAAGAUGAAACAUUAGUGCAUGUGGAAGAUGUUAACUCAACUUUAUUCGUAGAAUUCUUUUCAAUAUCAUCAGCGACUCGUACAUGAUCAUCUAGAGUAGAAUGCCGGCGCUCCGGCUUCUGGGGCGUAAAUGGCUGGCUGCCUCGGAUGAUCUUGUAUUUCCGAGUAUUUUCGAACUUCUUUUCCGUUUCGUCUGGUUAGUACUCAUCGCUUUGGUCGUCGAAGUGCUUUACCCCAUAACAUGGCAGUGUCAGACGGAUGGCUGGCACGGCGGCGCCUUCGUCCGACUCUACUUGUGCGGCACAUUGGCAUUACAAGCUUCCCUAAUGUUGCUGCUUGCGGCACUGGCGCAGCAGUCCGCCAGAGGGACUAUUACAGAAACGGACGCAAGAAAACUUGUGUCACCUUUACUUUUACUUAAAGUAUUUCUGGUCUUACCGGAGGUGGCGUUGAAUGUUAUGGGAACCAUGUGGAUGUUCUGUGAAGUCAUAGAGUGUUCCGUAACGGAUACGUUUUCUAGUAUCGUUAUACAAAGUAUAGUUCUUUUUAAUUGGGUUCAAUUGGCACUAACCGUGUUUGGAUUGUUCAUGGUGUUCGAUCCUCUCGGUUCAGUAAACUAUGGGGACAUGCAGGAUACGCCCAACCAGGUGCGGCACCAUAGGAAAGUGACCGGACUUUGGUCUCGACGGUUUAGGUGGGCGUUUUGUUGGCUGAAGAGAGACGAACACGGAAAGGAAGCCUUUCAGCAAGUUGCAGCACUCCUCAGUGCUUUGUUCAGAUCUACGGACCUGGUGCCUUCUGACGUUGUCGCCGGCUGCGUGCUGCUUCGAGUGCGUCAGAAACGUGAGACGAGAGAAAUGCGUCGCAUACAAAUGCUUAACGACGAGGAACCAAUUUAUACGACUGACGUCAACAAAGUCUUCUCCGAAACACCGCCCUGGAUGAACUUAGAUGAUGCGUUGCACUAUUUGAGGCUAUCGAUCGCUGCUUACGGAUGGCCAUACGUGUUGUACCGACAUUGUCUCACUGGCUUCUGUAAAUUGGCUCGUCAUUUGACCUGUUGUUGUUGCCGGCCAAAGAACUCUAUAGUGACGGACGACAAUUGCUGCCUUUGCCACUUUGCCGGAGUCAAAUACAUGUCGAAGCUCUCCGCGGAUGAUAUCAUCUUUGCCUCGUUCAACAAUCGCGUCUUUGAAUUGCCAUUUUGUGUGAUAUCGGAUCACGAUAGAGAGAGCAUAGUCGUGGCAGUGCGGGGAUCCAUAUCUCUGAGAGAUAUAUUUACAGACUUCUCGGCAGGAUCUGAAAAAUUUGAGGCUGACGGAUUACCGGAAGAUACGGCAGCACAUAAGGGCAUGUCUAUGGGAGCGGCUAAAAUGUUAAGACGCCUCCUCCCUGUGCUCGACAGAGCGUUCGCGCAGUUCCCGCAUUAUGAUUUAGUCCUAACAGGUCACAGCCUUGGAGCAGGAGUAGCAGUAUUAGUCGCAUUAAAAUUAAGGCCAAAAUACCCACAGCUCAAAGUGUUUGCAUUUUCGACACCAGCGGGAUUAAUAAGUCGAGAAGCGGCCAGGUUUACAGAGAGUUUUGUCAUGACAAUAGGAGUGGGCGAUGACUUAGUGAUGAGGCUCAGUGUUCACAGCAUAGAAAAUCUAAGAACAAAAGUAAUACAGACGAUACACGCUACUAAACUGCCAAAGUAUCGAAUAAUGCUGAACGGGUUCGGCUACGCACUGUUCGGCGUGCCGGCGCGCGACCUGGAGUCCACGUGGCGCCGGCCCGAGGACCUGGAGGCGAACAACUCCGACGACUCCGACGCGCUGCUCGUGCAGGGCGUGUCCACCGUGAGUGCUGAGGCAGCGCUAGUUUCACGGAACGUGUUCGCGCGUCGCUUCUCCUCCGCGCGCCUCUUCACUCCCGGCAGGAUCCUACACAUCGCACGUCGAAAGCGCAUGGGAAUCGAAAAUAACAUCUUUUUUAUUUAUAGGAAAGUGCGCACGCAAGAACCCACUUAUGAGAUGAGGUGGGCGUGUCCUGAGGACUUUAUGGAAUUACAAGUAAUGCCUAGGAUGCUCUUAGAUCACCUGCCGGAGAACGUACAUCGUACCAUACAAACAAUCAUCGAAGAAAAACAUUCGUACCGCGUCACUCAAGUCGUUUAGAGCAUACUAUUCUGGUAUUUUGAAAUAUUGCCUUAAGUAGAAGCGAAACUGUAUGUCAUAUUCUGUAGGAAGCAACAUAGAAUUCGUCGUCGAAUUCGAU